AUGACUCAAGAUAUGCCCCCUCGGGGCGGGUACGAGCCCGUCCAGUACAAGCGAAACCUCCCCGCCAGGGGUUUCCGUCCCGGUAUCCUCCUUCUCGGCAUGGGCGCCGUUAUGGGCUACGGCUGGUACAAGCUGAUCGGUGGCAUGCGCGAAGCCAACGAACUCGGUCGUGAAAAGAUGUGGGCUCGCAUCAACCUCAUUCCCCUCCUCCAGGCCGAAGAGGACCGUGACCAGGUCCGACGAUACCUAGCUGACCAGAAGCGCGAGAAGGAGCUUUUGGGCGACAACGCCAAGGUUUACAACAGCGACCGAUUCGUGAGGCCGACUUUUGCUGUCACCCCUCCUCCUACCACAAACUAA